GACUGUGUGGCCUCUGCGUCGCUUACAUCAACAUGAAACUUCACGACUCUGGUGAACCUCACUCGAACCGCAGUGACGAACAGCCCCGCCCCGGACAAGGGACACAGUGCCACUCCCGUCACUCCACCAUUCACAGGUCUCUACCAUACACUGAGUCCGUACACCUAACCAUGAGUCGGGAGCGGGAGAGCUUCACGGAGAGGCUGAAGCGAUGGGUAUUCUCCGGCGGGGCGAGCAUGGCGCCCACCAAUGCCAUCGUGCUGACGGAGACGAUGAAGGGGGAACUCGCGAUGACUGCUACGCUGCCCAGGCGCCUCCACGCCAUAAAUAAACUCGCGGAAUCACUAAUUACGUCGAAAUUAGAGCAAAAUGGCAUAGAGCAGGUGUGGUGUCUGGUGAGGGAUCUGCUGGACGUAAUGAGGUCGCCUCCCACGUGUCGCCGCCUCACUCUGAGAAUGCUGACCAACUACGCUGCGGGGGAGCCAGACAUCGGCUACAUGAGGAUAGUGUUCAUGAAACAUAUCAAGUUUUCCUUUUCUGAAGAAGAGCCGGAACCUCUCUUCAAGUUCUUCCGUGCCGUGUUGGCGGAUGGAAGGCAGAUGCAGUAUGUGGAGGAGGAGGUGGGUUGGAUUCUGUCCAGGUGGAUGCCAAGGCUCCUCGGCACUCCUCUCUCAAUGGUCGUUUUACAAACGACCAUCAACCUGAUAAAAUUUCACUCAGCCUACAUUGAUGACCCUGUCGUAUCCAUCUAUGUGAGUGAAGCAAUACGCAAAAUGAUGAGUGCCAGUGAAGAAGUAGAAGCACUUUUGUGUCUCACUCUCGUCGAGACUGUUGCAGCAUACAGGUACCUUCCUGUGGGUGCCUUGUACACAGCACUUAUUGGCCUCUGCAGGAUUGUCAAUGUUCCUCAUCUUACCAACAGAGUGGUGAAGAUAGUUAAGAAUGUGUUUGGGACAUGUGUCGGCUCAACAGCUUAUGACAUGCUGACUGGUUUGAUUAACCGAAGCGCAGAUGUCUUGCUGGUGCGAAGUGCCAUGUUCUUUGCUGCUUUUGUUGUGUGUGGAGAAAAUCGGAUAUCUUCACUGACUCCUAAGAAAGUUGAUCUGUUAAGGUCCCUAUAUACAUGUCUAUCUGAAGAAAGCAUUGUGAGGCAGGAGGUGCUGGUCUUGUAUGAGGUGGCACUGAGUCUCCAGCGGCUGCUUGCAGAGACGCGACCAAACCUUUUUGGACAAUCCUGGAAUCUUAUUAUAGACAUUGUCACUUGUCUUUAUAGAAAUACAGAGAGAGUACCCGAGCCAGGGCCACAGGAUGGGAUUUUGGGAGUCCUUAAUGAUGUAGUGAACAGACUGGAGCAUUUUGUAGAUUCAAAUGUAUUUGAGGGAGAUGUUGAAAAAUUCAUCAGACUGCUCGACACCAUCAGCCAGCAUAGGCCACCAUCCUCUGUUUUCAAGGUUAUAGAAUAUUGGAAAAGGAUGGCUACUCCAUCAAGACUGGGCUGGAUUCCAAAUCUUACUGCUCUGAUAAAACGUUAUUUUAUUAGAGAGACCAGACCAUUCAUAAACUUGAGGAUACUGGAUGUGCUUGAAGAGAUCUAUGUAGAACACAAGGGUUGGUAUGGGCAUGUGAUUGUGAAGGCAGUUGUGGGAGAACUCUUUGUGGGGAUUGAGAGGAAGCCUAAUAUUCAAGUCAGGACACGUGCAGCCCACCUCUUGGUCCUCCUUGGUCUGGGGGAAACGUGUGCGGAUGUGGAGGAUGUGCUCAGACUUCUGAGAGUCAUCAUCUUGACAAAAUACAAACUGCCACACAGCCCCAUGUUGAAUCCUGAAAAAGCACGUGACAUAACUACUGCAGUUCAGGGUGUAGUCAAAAUUUUUAGAAAGAAGACCUGGCAGCCUCCACCCAUGAUUCCGGUUGCUGCAUACAAUAUCUUGGUAACCUUCUUAGAGCAUCAUUACAGGAAACCAAUGAUCCUACAGAAAGUAAGCCAACCACGGAUUGAGGUCUUAAGAAUUUUGUUUUCAAUGAAAUGUGAUUUGAGAAACCACCUUGGGUUCUCGCAUGGUGAAAUGAGUGCUGUUGAAGCAAGGAACACAAACCUGAUUACCCCAUUCUCCCCGUAUGUGGUGCUGCGUCAUAACAGUAAACGCAAAGAGAAAGUGAAAGAUGACGAUGAUGCCUAUAGUGAUGACGGUAGUGAGGAUGUCAGCACUGGUGCUGGCAUCCUGUUGGUGGACAGACUGGGGAAGGUCCUUGUUUUUGCUAUUCUGGCAGAGAAAGACUGGGGAGUGCUUGAAAUGAUGCUGAAAGAACUGGUGCUAAAGCUUCGCCAGAAAGCCAUGGUGCUUGCCUUAAUGGAUGGCAGAUUACAAAGCUUGGCUGCAACAUUCUGCAACAUGAUAAAUGAUGACAACCUCAAUUACCCAAAAUGUUUGACCAACACUCCAGUAGGAUUCAAUUGUGCAGAAUUUCACAGCCAGGUGUAUCCUGUGCUGGCAGCACUGGUGGCCCACCACCGGCACAUCGGACCCUAUGCCCAGCAGAAGAUGAUUCGCACCUUUCAAUGCGGUGUGAUCAACAAGAAUUCAGCUCAACUGUGUAUUGAGUGUGUAACAUUAUGUGUGAUGGAGAUGCCAGUAGCCAUGGGCAAGAAUAUUUCAAGGAUCAUUAGCCGUUAUUCUAAGAUAACACAGUGUGUGUCUCACUCCCAGGCAAUGCUGGAGUUUCUUUCAACACUACUUCACUUCCCUGCAAUGUACUCCAGUUUUGUGCAGCAGCAGUUCAUGCCUAUCUUUGCCAUUGCCAUCCCCUACACGAACCCAUUUAAGUUUAACCACUACAUCGUGUCGUUGGCCUACCACGUCAUUGCUCUGUGGUUCCUGAAGUGUCCCAUACACAUCAGAAAACAUGCUGCAAAGUACAUAACUACUACUUUAACCCAGAAGUUUGAAUAUCUGACCGCAACAUUUAAGCCCAAACUUGUGCAACCUGAGAAGAAAAGGAGACUGAGUCGGAAGGACAAAGCUAAGGAAAAAGAAAGGCUAGAAGAGGAGGAAAGGAACCUGAAGAAGCUCCAGAUAUUUACUGACAUGAUGGAGACUUGCAUUGAUCUCAUGUCUCGCUAUGCAUUUGACUACUGCAGACCUGUGGCAGAAAGAAGUGGAGUAGUAAAGAUGCUGAUGGCAGAAGGGAAGAGUCAGACAUGGAUUGCUGGCAACAAGCUCAUCACUAUCACUACAUCAGGCUGUGCAGGAAAGCUUUCCCAGGAUAGCCUCUGUUACAGGUGCCACCGCCUGUGUGAUGAAGGUGCCCCAUUAAGCAAGGAAAAGGAUCUGAACAAAAUCAGAAGGCAUGACAAAGUUGGAGCAUCAAAUGUCAAGGUGACAGGAGACAGCACUGCUCCAAAAGCCUCCUGCUCCACCCAGCCUUUUUCAUCCUCCCAACCUUCCAUCCCUGCCCCACGUUCACCUUCUAGCCAACCAUCCAUCUCUUCCCUAUCUGGCCAGUCUUCCUUAACCACAAAAUCUGCCCUUGUCUCCCCCACAAAAUCUGCUCUGGUCUCCCCCACAAAAUCUGCUCUGGUCUCCCCCACAAAAUCUGCUCUGGUCUCCCCCACAAAAUCUGCUCUGGUCUCCCCCACAAAAUCUGCUCUGGUCUCCCCCACAAAAUCUGCUCUGGUCUCCCCUACAAAAUCUGCUCUGGUCUCCCCCACAAAAUCUGCUCUGGUCUCCCCUACAAAAUCUGCUCUGGUCUCCCCUACAAAAUCUGCUCUGGUCUCCCCUACAAAAUCUGCUCUUGUUUCCACCACAAAAUCAGCCCUUGUCUCCCCCACAAAAUCAGCCCUUGUCUCCCCCACAAAAUCAGCCCUUGUCUCCCCCACAAAAUCAGCCCUUGUCUCCCCCACAAAAUCUGCCCUUGUCUCCCCCACAAAAUCUGCCCUUGUCUCCCCCACAAAAUCUGCUCUCGUCUCCCCCACAAAAUCUGCUCUCGUCUCCCCCACAAAAUCUGCCCUUGUCUCCCCCACAAAAUCUGUUUCCUUUUCUCCCUCUCCCCCCAAAUCUGUUUCCUUUUCUCCCUCUUCCCCCUCUUCCCCCAAAUCUGUUUCCUUUUCUCCCUCCCCCCCAAAAUAUAGUGACCCUGCCCCUCGAUCAAAAUCUCUCUCCCCCACAAAAUUCACUUUAUUUCCUAGUGUCCUUCCAUCCUCAUCUACACGGCCCCCUCUUUCUUGCACAUUUUUUCCAUCUACCAAGCCUUCCUCCUCUUUCUCUCCACCUGCCAAACUUACCCUUCCCUUCACAUCUGCACAAUCCACCCUUUCCCAUUCCUCAAAGAGCAAAUCUCUUCCACCUUCACCCUCAUCCGAGUGCUUCCCUGCCUCCUUCCUCUUGCAACUAGCUGCUUCUUCCCAGUCCUUGCCUUCUAAAACUUCUCCAUCUGCCAAGCCUUCUUUCUCCCCAACCACUCCUCAAUCCCCAUCUUUCCCUUUUGCUAAUCAUCCAGAGUAUUCACCUGUGCACUCCUCUCCAGAUACUUCUCUGACAGAGUCACCUGAGAAGCAAGAUUCACAAAUAACCCCUUCACCUCAAAGAAUCCCUUCACCUCAGUUCCCAGCCAAGGAAGCCCAGAUUGAGAGCCAUCUCUUAAGCAAGGACAGCUUGUACCAUCCCCUGACCUUCCUGAUGAAUGCAGAUGAGGAAGAGGUAGAUAGCAGAGAGCAGGAUGAAGUAAGGGAUAGCCUUGAAGAGCAGCCAGCACCAUCACCUACACCAUCACUGUCACCACCACCACUAGCACCACCACCAUUUCCACCAGUGCCUGAAGAUGAAGGAACCAUGGGAAAACCCUUCUUCCAGAGUGCACCACCUAUUGGGAAAGGGACAAAGCCUCGCUGCUGUGCUUGCUGGUGUCAGGGCUGGGCAGAGUUGUGCAUGAGGCAGCCUUGUGGUAACUUCUGUGCUGUACUGAGGUUCAGUGAUCAACUCUUGACAGAGAGCCACCCCACUCUGCAGGAACUGAGUGACAUGGUUAUGCCAUCAACUGAGGAUGUCAUGGAAUCAAGAGAUCCAGUACCCAGCUGUUCAAAGGAUACUGCUAGUGCUGGGAGUGUAGAGACAAUGCAUAAGACUCGCUCAGCUUUGGGAAGGAGUGGGUUUCCUGAGAAAGAUAGUAUGAUUCCCCAAUGGGAGGAUGGACAUGGACUAUCACCAAGUUUUGUGUUCCUCCAGUUGUAUUACCAGGACUUGAUGCCUACUGAUGACAGUCGCCCUAUCCUGCUACCAACUGGCCAAGCAGAGACCCAACGCUCCAUCUCGCUUCUGGACUUUAUCCGGCCUCAUGAUGCUCACAAAAUUGGAGUGUUGUAUGUGCGGAAAGGACAGACAACAGAGCAGGAAAUUUUGAGCAACUCCAGUGGCUCAACCAGAUACACCCGAUUUAUCUCAGCUCUGGGUACAUAUGUCGAGUUAGGAAAAGUAUCCCGGCACGUGUUCCUUGGGGGCUUGGACACCAAAGGCGUGGAUGGUGACACUGCUCUGGUUUGGCAGGAUGAUUUACUGCAGGUUGUGUUCCAUGUGGCCACCAUGAUGCCCACCAAAGAGUCUGACCCAAAGUGUAAUGGUAAAAAGAGGCACAUUGGCAAUAAUUUUGUCACAAUAGUGUUCAAUGAGAGUGGUCAACCCUACAACGUUGACACAAUCAAGGUAAUCCUGACUCUCUAUAUAUCUUGUAGCACUAAUUUUGUCACAAUAGUGUUCAAUGAGAGUGGUCAACCCUACAACGUUGACACAAUCAAGGGUCAGUUCAACCAUAUUGUGAUAGAAAUUGUGCCAAACCACCAUGGCACAAAUACAGUGACAGUGCACUACCAACGCCAGGAGCUACUGGAUUACCUGAAUGAAAGCAGCCCACGACAUGUGUCAAACCGCAGCCUGUCGCUGUCCGUCAGGCAAAUUGCUGUCCACUCUAAUUUAGCAGCUAAGAUCAUGGAGUCCCUGCAGCGACCGCCCCACAGCCCAUACGCCAACAACUGGGUGGAGCGGCUGCGGCACAUCAGGAAAAUCCACAGCACAGUGCUUGGCAACAUUAAGAAGAGUGAAGAGAGGUACAGUGCUCCUGAACUCAAUGACUUCACUGAUCUGGUUGAUACAGGUGUGAGAAACCUUGAUCUGAAUGAAACUGGCCAGUAUUCUAUCCAAUUGAUGUAUUAGUGAGAUGAGUAUACUGCUAAACUUAUUGUAGAUUAAUUUCUCCAUACAUUGCUAUUUUUAGGGAAAAUUUUAGAUAUUUUUAAGGUUUCAAAACUAAACAAGGUUUUAGUAGUUUUAAAAGUUUGUGAUACUAGAUAUAAGGUUUGUAAUUAAAAGCAUCUCUUAAUAUUUGAUUAAAUUUUUUUUUAUA